CCUCCAAUCUCAACCUCUCGCCAGACUCACACUCCUCUCUCCCGCUCCGUCUCACCCUCUCCCAGCCCUCCAACAGGGCCACCUUCGACGCUCAGUCCAACCUGUGCUAACCCUCCUUCCCUCUUUCCGUCUCUAAGCUCCUCUCGCCUCUCUCUCUCACGCACAUAUCCCUCACCUGUCAUCUGUACACCACCCGCAUCCCACAUACCACAACCAUGCAGCGCCCCACCACCAUCUUGCCCUCGGCGCUCUCGGCCAUUGGCGACACGCCGCUCGUGCGCCUCAACCGCAUCCCGCAGCGCGAGGGCGUGCUGUGCAAUGUCUUGGUGAAAUGCGAGUACUUCAACGCCGGCGGCUCCGUCAAGGACCGCAUCGCGUCGAACAUGCUGCUCAACGCCGAGGCCAAGGGCCUGCUCAUCCCGGGCAAGUCCGUCAUCGUCGAGCCAACGUCGGGCAACACGGGCGUCGGCCUGGCGCUCGCGGCGGCCAUCAAGGGCUACCGCUGCAUCAUUGUGCUGCCCGAGAAGAUGUCGGCCGAAAAGGUCACGACGCUGCGGGCGCUCGGCGCCGAGGUGCUGCGCACGCCCACCGAGGCGGCGUGGGACGACCCGCGCAGCAACAUCAUGGUGGCGCGCCGCCUGGCAAAGGAGAUUGAGCACGCCGUCAUUCUGGACCAGUACAACAACCCGGACAACCCGCUCGCCCACCGCGUCACCGCGCAGGAGAUCAUCGAUGCCGUCGAGGCAGGCGUGGCGCUGCCCCGCACGGGCACCGCCAGCAAGGCAGCGCCGAAGGCCAACGGCGUGCCGCACAGCAACGGCACCGAGGCGCCCAAUGGCCACGCCAAUGGCCUCACGAACGGCCACGCCAACGGCCAUGCGCACGACUCCGACGAGGCCGAGAGCCGCGUCGUCGACAUGCUCGUCGCGGGCGUUGGCACGGGCGGCACGAUCAGCGGCAUUGCGGCGCGCCUCGCCGAGCCGGACCACAACCCAGACGUCUUCGUGCUGGGCGUCGACCCCGUCGGCAGCACGCUGGCGCUGCCCGCGGCGCUCAACGAGCUGGCCGAGGGCGAGUCGUCGGCGUACAAGGUCGAGGGCAUCGGCUAUGACUUUGAUCCGGCGUCGCUGGACAAGACGCGCGUGUCGGCGUGGAUCAAGACGCGCGACGACGAGUCGUUUGAGUAUGCGCGCCGCCUCAUCCGCGACGAGGGCCUGCUGUGCGGCGGCAGCUCCGGCAGUGCGCUGGCGGGCGCCAUGCGCUGGCUGCGUCCCGGCGGCGAGGGCUGGGAGAGCAUCGGCUCGCAGAAGGGCAAGAACGUCGUCGUGGUGCUGCCUGACAGCCUGCGCAACUACAUCACCAAGCCCUGGCUCGUCGUCGAUGAGGAGGCCACGGGCGACCUCGAGACGCGCAUUGCCCGCCUCACCGUCAAGUGAAGUGCCAGCCGAGCCGAAGCGCAAGCCUCCGCGCUGCCGUGCACACUCCGCGCGCGCAGCUCGAGCAUGGCUCGCAAUGCUCUGCCCCCCAAGUCCGCAAAGUGUCCUGAAUCGCCAAAAGCCCCUGUCUCGCGUCUGCACAUCCUCUCCUCAUGGCGCUCGCCUCCGUCACCGGCUGCCCUCGCUGUAAUCCUGC